ACUGCGAAUGCUUUAAAAAACGUGCUAAGAAUCACACUCCGUGUAGAGAAACCACAAUAAUCACGCACUAAAAACGUAAAUCGCAUUACCCAAAACAUCUCAUAAUAAUGCAUAAUACACAUAUUGGGUAUGUAGGUCCCCUCUGUUUUAGUAACCCCGAUUCUGCGCCGACGGUUCGCAAGGCUGCGCCGGCGCCGGCCGCGUGGGGUGCGCGCCCGCAGUCCGCCCUGAGCCGUCGCACGCGCGCGCCGAGUCGCGCACAUCGAAACUUUUACUUAUCGGAAACUUUUUUACAAUCGAAGACUCUUGAACUUGGGUGCAUCGAAGAUCGUGGGAGCUGUGUAACAAUCGACAGCAACUAGAUACUUGCACUGAUGACAUAUGACUUUCGAACUGCGUGACAUUAGUGAUAUUGCCUGUCUGAUGUACUGAGUCGUUAGUGCUGUGAGUGUCCUGUGGGGAAUUUUAAUAGUGCUGUGUCAAGAGACGGGAGCAGGGCGCUUUGAAGAUACUGUUUGUUACAAGUGUUCUGAAGUUAUCGAAAUGAACGUUCGAGAAACGAGCAGCUUCAGCAACCAGUUCGAUGUGGUCUAACAUGGUCGUUCCCCGUCGUCCGCCAACCAGCUACAAGCCAAUGAGAAGAAGCAAACCGCCGGACAAGCACCGAACACAAACAAUAUCAAAGCUCUAUCUGAUGUGACUUCAACACACUGUCCCAAAAAGAAAAAAAAACUAGUCUUACAAACUGGCUGAUAAAAGAAAAAGCUACAAGAUUCUAAAAUCAAAAUGGGUGUGCAAGUGCUUCUAGCUUCAACAGCCUUGAAGACCGUGAGUGUGACGGGUUUGUGGUUGAUCCCCUUGUUGCUGGGAGCGCUGACAUACCACAACUAUAAUGCUUACGAUCCGGAGUCGAGAGUGAUUGAUAAAGAGCCGAGGAGAGAGUAUGACUUCAUAGUGGUUGGGGGCGGGUCGGCGGGUGCCGUCGUCGCUAACAGACUAUCGGAGAUGAAGAAUUGGAACACGCUCUUGCUAGAAUCUGGGCCCGACGAGAACGAGAUCACCGACGUGCCGUCCCUGGCGGGCUACCUGCAGCUGACCAAGCUGGACUGGCAGUACAAGACCGAGCCCACCGCGCACGCCUGCCUCGGCUUCAAGAAGCGCCGCUGCAGCUGGCCCCGCGGCAAGGUGCUUGGCGGUUCCAGUGUUCUCAACUACAUGAUAUACGUUCGUGGCAAUCGAUACGACUUCGACCAAUGGGAACAAUCCGGCAACCCCGGAUGGGGCUACCGGGACGUCUUGAAAUACUUUAUCAAAUCUGAAGACAACAGAAACCCUUAUUUAGCCAAGAGUCAAUACCACGGGCGGGGAGGAUACCUCACGGUUCAAGAAGCUCCCUGGAGGACACCAUUAGUCGCAGCCUUCGUAGAAGCUGGAGUUGAAAUAGGGUAUGAGAACAGGGAUAUCAAUGGAGAAUACCAAACCGGAUUCAUGAUCGCCCAGGGCACUAUACGCCGCGGAUCUCGCUGCAGUACCGCCAAAGCAUUCUUGCGACCCGUGAGAACUCGAAGAAACUUAGACAUAUCCUUAAACUCCCAAGCAACAAGAGUUUUAAUCCAUCCAGUGACAAUGAAGGCGUACGGGGUGGAAUAUGUAAAACACGGCAUGAGGAGAGUUGUUUACGCGAGAAAAGAAGUAAUAUUAUCGGCCGGCGCCAUCAACAGUCCUCAGCUGCUCAUGCUGUCUGGAAUAGGUCCCAAAGAACAUUUAAAAGACGUCGGAAUUAAGGUCUUAAAGGAUUUGCCGGUCGGUGAAAACCUGCAAGACCACGUUGGUGUAGGAGGAUUAACAUUUCUAGUCGACAAACCUGUUGCAAUCGUCCAAAACCGCUUCGAGGCUUUCCCCGUUACCAUGAACUACGUUGUCAACGAGAGAGGUCCCAUGACGACCCUAGGAGGCUUAGAAGGGGUCGCUUUCGUUAACACAAAGUACGCCAACAGUUCUGGAUUGUGGCCUGAUAUUCAGUUCCACAUGGCGCCUGCGUCUUUCUCAUCUGACAAUGGGCAAAUAGUCAGAAAGAUCUUAGGGCUCACGGACGAGAUUUAUAAUACUGUUUACAGGCCUAUAGCCAAUAAGGAUGCUUGGACUAUUAUGCCUUUACUGCUGAGGCCGAAUACACGAGGUUACGUGCGAUUAAGGAGCUCCAAUCCUUUCCAUUAUCCAAUAAUGAACCCACGCUACCACGAGGAUCCAUUAGACGUGGCGCGCCUUGUAGAAGGAAUCAAAAUAGCCGUGCAAGUGGCAGAAGCAUCUCCUUUCAAACAGUUUGGUAACCGGCUAUAUAUGAAGCCGUUGCCGAGCUGUAAGCACUUCAAAUUUAUGUCUGACGAAUAUAUUGAAUGUCAAGUGAGGCACAUUUCUAUGACGAUAUACCAUCAGAGUGGGACAGCUAAGAUGGGGCCGUCGUGGGAUCCUGAGGCGGUGGUGGACCCGCGACUGAGGGUGUAUGGCGUCGAAGGCCUAAGGGUAAUAGACGCAAGUAUAAUGCCGACUAUUGUGAGUGGCAACACCAACGCCGCAGUCAUCAUGAUAGGGGAGAAAGGGGCUGAUUUGAUAAAGCAAGACUGGCUUAGUAAGAGUCGAUGACAUUAGUUGUAUGUGUAGUUAAUAAUAAUGUCAAAUAGUUACCAAUAAUGAAAAUUAAUAGAUAUUUAGAUACAAAAUGCCAAUUUUAGACGUAACGUGAUAAUUCGUAAAGCAAACAUUUUUAUGUUUUACAUAUAUAUUCACUCCUGAAAACUUGAAAAGUUACCUUGUCAUGACACAUACUGUAUUAUAUGAAAUACUUAUUUAUGUUUGUCAACGUUUGUAAAUUAUGUAAAUAUAUUUCUUGUGUUUAUAAGGAUUCCUAAUGGACACUUCCUACUUGUUAUUAUUCUUAAUAUUUAAAUGAAUAUUUAAGCGUAUAGUAUAUCGUACUGGUAACAAACAAGUGCUGACGUUGACGAGACGUAUAUGAAAUACUUAUUUAUGUUUGUCAACGUUUGUAAAUUAUGUAAAUAUAUUUCUUGUGUUUAUAAGGAUUCCUAAUGGACACUUCCUACUUGUUAUUAUUCUUAAUAUUUAAAUGAAUAUUUAAGCGUAUAGUAUAUCGUACUGGUAACAAACAAGUGCUGACGUUGACGAGACGUAUGCUUGUUACUAUGUACUUGUAAAACCAAAAAGUACGUGUUAAGUUAUAUAUAAUAACAUUUUACUUUUCUACCAAAAUCUAUCAUUACGUACGGAAAAAAACUUUCCCUACACAUUACAAUAUCCAAUAUUUUAAACUUAAAAACAAUUUUAAUCGAUACCUGUACUGUAACUGUAUAUACUUACGUACAGUGAACGUCAAAGAUAUGUUGACAAUUUUACACAUUAAAUACCUACAUGUAAUAUGCGAAAAAUGUAAACAUAUUUUUUACGUCGUCUGCACAUGUUACAUUGAAAUAAAAAAGUCAUAUUUACAAGUUCAAGCGUAAAACAUGUUUAAUGAUUUAUUUUGUAUAUAUAGAACCUUAGAACCAUAUAAGUAGUUGGAUUAAAACAGCUACCUAUACGGCUACCACCAGUUUUGACAUUGACAUAUUCGUUCACGUCUACGUAACUUACUUUCUAUGCAUCUCGCUCAUACUGGCAUAUUAGUGCAAGCGAGAUGUACAGAAAGUAAAUUACGUAGACGUGAACGUUAUGUCAAUGUCAAAACUGAUGGUAGCCGUACUAGAUACCCGUUUCAUUUACUGUGUCAAAAAAGACCACAAUUAUUCAAUAUUUCUCAAGAAAUCCAUAUGUAUAAGUUUAAUAGUGCCAUAAGCUUUCCUUAGUUUAAUUGUCGUAUUAGUAAGGAUUAUUCUUAAGCUUUAAUGCCAAACUUUGGACUUGACAGAAAGAAAGCUAUGCAUAUACCUUACACAUUAUUUAUAGGAAAAAAAAAUUAUUUUGAUUAUCACAUCGCAUAAACUUGGUCAAGCAGAUCUUGUCAGUAGAAAAAGGCGGCAAAUUUGAAAAAUGUAGGCGCGAAGGGAUAUCAUCUCAUAGAAAAUUUGAAUUUCGCGCCUUUUUCUACUGGCAAGAUUUGCUUGGCCGUCUAUAAAUAUGGCGAAACCAUGGACAAUAAUUUUAACGUACAAUACUUUUUUCAUUUUCUAAUUAUAGCUGGUCAAGAAAAUCUUGUCAGUAGAAAAGGCGGCAAAUUUAAAAAAUUUUGGCGCGAAGGGAUAUCGUUUCAUAGAAAAUUUUAAUUUCGCGCCUUUUUCUACUGACAAGAUUUGCUUGACCAUCUAUAAAACCCGUAGCAUCUCACAAAGUCAUCUUCACUAAUCAUGGAAGCAUUUCUUUUUCUGGAUUUAACAGUUUGUGACUCCAAAACUCCUUUAUAUACUUUCCCACAUCAGAUAUAGUGUAGUAAACGAAGCAAGUUGUUGUAUGGAGACCCAUGCAUUAAUUUCUCAGUCGAUGAAAUGUUGCUUGGUUUUGUAUAGUAUGAGUCGAAACUAACAUAUAAAUAUCCAAAAAAAAAACCACUCCUAAGUUAGGUAUUUAUACGUAAAAGUACAAAUCUGUUUAUAUAUUGAACCGAGUAAUUCCUCCGUCCAAAAUUAUUUUACCAAAUAAGUUAUUUGUAUCAGUAUGUGAUACUAGAAAAAAAUCUAAAACUUUUGUCAAACAUGAGAAUAUUUUUUUUACGAUAAUUCCUUUUUUGGCGCUCAUUUUCAUCGGAAAAUUGCUCUGCCAUUUUUUCCUUCUUAUAUGAUCUUAGAAUAUAAUUUGGCGUAGUGGGUAAGAAAAUCCAAAAAAAAAUGCAUACCCUAGUUUAUGUAUUUUAGAACUAUAAAAAACUGAGAGUGGAAAAUUUCUCAGCCUGAUUUCUUUUUAAAUAUAUACUAAGUAGUCACGUAUAUACUUAAAUCCAAAAUAUCCAAAAGAACUGUCAUCCCUUGUACACCCCGCUCCCUAUACACUGCUCCCGAUAUGUUUAGUUUUGAAUACGCUCGUUAUUUUUUUGGAUGUUUUUAUAGUUGAAUGGAAAGAAAACUGUGAACUUAAUUCAAUAAAUAAAAUGGAUAGAGAAAUUUUCCACAGCGAGUAAAAAGGCAAUACUAAAAAAAAGUAUAGUUAACAUGGUAAUUUUUUUAGAUUUUCAAUUUGUAUGUAUAAAUCGGCAAUAAAAUGGCAUUCCAGUGAAAAAAUUAGACUGAGCAAUUUUCCGGUCCAAGCCACGCCAAAAAAUUAUAUUUUGUUAAUAUUGGUAUUUCUGCGGGGAUUUUUUUUUGAUAUUUCAUAUAUUGUUGCAAUACGUUACAUGAACAUGUCCGGAGAAGAAAGUUUAAACGGAGCAAUUUUCCGUAAAAAGAUAUUAACGAUUUAAGACUUCAGGUAUUUACUUAAAUACUACUAUUAUUAUUCUUUGGAAAUUUGUACAAUACUUUUUAUUUAUUGAUACUUUAUCAUACUGUAAAGCUUUUUCUGGCUGAGGAAUUACUGCGGGGUCCACUACCUUUAUUUACUACACUAAUAGGCAGACCAGAUACAUGCAGAUGUGUAUCGGAUCUGUCUGGCAGAUGUCAUGGACAUAUCUACUGUAGGUAGGUACAUACUUCUAAAUCACAUGUUUGGAAUUAUGUUUUCACAGUGACGGAAAAGAGGCCUUAAGGGUUAACCGUCAACCAAUCAACAAGCGACUUUUGUUAGUCACUGCACAAAAACUUUAAAUUAGACACAAAUAUUCCAUACUUAAUUGAGCACCCGGUUUUUCCCCUCGUAAUGACGUUGACUUACGUCAAACUAGAACUUGUAACCAGUACCUACUUGGUAAUUAAACAAACAAGUACCUAUAGUUAAAUCUAAUUGAGGUGAACAUAGUUAGAAAAUACUUGUUACAUUUUAAAUUAUCUUGGGUAUACCGUAAGUCCCAUUCUGCAAAUAUAUAAAACGUUUUAUAGCGUUUUCCAAAAAAAAUGUACAUGUCUUCAAAAUAUUGAUUUCUUGGGUUCAUUUUACUCAAAAUACAUUCACAUUCACGCCUCAUACAUGAAAAAAUGUGCCCCAAGAUUUUCAGAUCGUUACAUUCUUGUAUGAAUUUUUAUUUUAUUUGUAUGAACGUGACGCUCUGGAUAAAUAUUUUUUCAUACAAAAUUCUGGGACACAUUUUUUCAUAUAGGCGUGAAUAUACAAAUGAUUCUGAGUAAAAUGAGCCCAUGAAGUCUACAUUUCUUUUUGGAAAACGCUCUUUAACAUCCGGAAUCCUUUUUCCCGUCAAAUUGUUUGGACCGUACUUUUCUCAUAUACAGGUUGUAUUCUGAUCCUUUAUAUGAAUAAUAUGAUCUUAAAAAUCAGUUGUAAUUUAAUAAGAAUGUAAAUAUUUAGGUAUUGUAAUUUUAUUGUCAUAAGUAAGAAGUGUUGAAUAAUAUCAUUGUGUAAAAAUAAAUAUUGUUACCAUUA